AUGAACGAGGAAGUGUUUAGCGAAAUUGUUGAUCGUGUUCGUUCCUUCAAUGAGAAAUCUAGGACGUUCUGGAGAGAGCCUUUGGACCCAGGCCUACGUGUUGCAAUAACCCUCAGAUUUCUAGCGACAGGGAAUUCCUACAAGAGUCUGGGCUUUGCAUUCGGUGUGGGUCCCAGCACCAUUUCCCUUGUUGUUCCAGAGACCUGCCGAGCAAUUGUUGCUGCAUAUGGCGAUGAAGUCAUGCAAGUGCCUGACACAACAAAAGGGUGGAAGGAAGUUGCCCGUGGGUUCCAUGAGCGCUGGAAUUUCCCACAUACCCUGGGUGCAAUAGAUGGGAAACACAUCAGAAUCAAGAACCCAGAUUUCAGUGGCUCCCACUAUCAUAACUACAAGAAGUUCUCGGUGGUCCUACUUGCUGUUGUUGAUUCUGACUACAAAUUCCUGUUCAUAGAUGUGGGAGCAAUUAGAUCGUGGGAGGUGGUGCCUGCGAGUAGGCUGAGACUGUACAACGAACUGGGGGACAUUAACCGUCGGCGCCUCCGUCACCGACCCCUCCGGCAUCCCGAGGGUACUUGGAGUGUAUUACAGGACUAG